AUGGAGUAUGCCUACUCCAAGGCGCCUCGCAAUAUGCGUUCUCUCAUUCAAGCGAUCAAUAUGUUCACCAAAGCCAUCUCCGCUGCCAUCGCCGAGGCUUUGAUAACACUUUCCAGGGACCCUCUGUUAAUAUGGAACUACGCCGUCUUCGCUAUCUUGACCUUUGUCGGUGGAACCUUGUUCGCUAUCCAGUUCUGGGGUCUGGAUAAGGAGGAGGACGAGUUGAACAACUUGCCCGAAGGUCAUGUGCAGGUUAGUGAGACCACGGAGGGACAGGCAGAGUUUGAACAUGUCGAGAUUGGCCCUAGUCGUGGCUGA